GCAGCAGUGUAGAGACCAUUUCAUCACCUGCCACCAUCUCGUCACUUUUCUUGUCACUUUUCUUGUCACUUGUCACUUGACUUGAUGCAGAUGUCUCCUGAAGCAAAGCUCCUUGUCCAGGAGGGCAGAGGCACAAGCAGCAAUGGCACGGCAGGAGCAGGAGCAGGCUGAGUUCAUUUGACAUGGCCCUAAUCUGAAGGCCCUGCUGAGAGGGGCAGGAUCACUGCAGGAUCACCGUCUGCAUCUUGGGGGUGACACUAAAGGGCUGGCUUAAAACCCCUGCAGUGGCAGGAGCUUUCGGGGACGUAUCGUGUCUAGGUGAGCCAGAACAGCUGGGAAGGCCCGCGGGGGCACACAGCAUUGCCCCAUAUUGCCCACGGCUGUACCUGUGUGUCCGUGUGGCCUGCUAAACACUUCUCCCAGCACUUGCAGAGAGACCUGGCGGCAUCACUGUCGCGUUGCAGGUGACAGUGACAGAAGGCUAGCCAGUCUCCGUGCAGCCGAGUCAGAGGACGGAGUAAAGCAGGAGCUGAAAAGAACCCGUUGGUGCUGCAAGUGCGGGCAGGUUGGCAGCGGCGGAGGACUCUGGGAGAGAAAUGAGGACUUCAGACAUCUGCUGGUGGCUUUUGUUAUACACGGAGGCCGUGGGAUGUACGGAUAAAGUCCAAGGCCCAAAGGCAUUUGUGCUGUGUGUAAAAGCACUUUCCACUUUUACAAAAAUCGCUGUCAAGGCUGCCCGAAAGGGGCUAGAGUUAUCUGUUGGAUCAGUUAUCAGGGACAUGGUUGGGAGUCAGAUCAGAUCCCGGUGUAAAUCCUCUGCUUGCUUCUUACUUACUGCGAAGUAGACUUUGAGCCUUUUUGAGAAAAAAAUAGGAAAAGUGCUGGACUUCCAAAUGUAGCAUAUGUCUCGUCAGUUCUAAUGUGCUGAAAGGAUGGGAUUUUCUGUGAACUUUUCCCAAGCAGUCUUGCAAUUUUUUUCUCUCUUUGAGAGGGGGAGGAGUUGCGCCUAAAAAAACAAACCCAACCUGUCGUUCUCAGCCCUGCCAACCUGUCAGUCCAGCCAUGCAAGAGAGGGAGAGAGAGAAAAAGAAAGGAGGGAGUGAAGCAGAGAUUCAGAUCUCAGCAGAUAUUAAGAUUUCCAAUGAACAAAGAAAACAAAUAGCCCCUGGGACCACAAGUGUGUUCUCUAAACUGAUGCCACGAGGCAGACAUGAGAAAGAUGACUGAACAGAGAGGUUGCUAUAGGCCUGUAAACAUACAGGGAAAUAAGAUCAGUUACAAAGGCUCUUGUAAAGACAGCCCUGAAACGGGGAUGAAAAGACUGCAGAAGCGAUUUCUUCACAAAGAUGGCAGCUGCAAUGUGUACUUCAAACACAUCUUUGGGGAAUGGGAGAGCUACGUAGUGGACAUAUUUACUACACUGGUGGACAUCAAGUGGCGCCAUAUGUUUGUGAUAUUCUCGCUGUCCUAUGUUCUUUCAUGGCUGUUCUUUGGACUGGUCUUCUGGCUGAUAGCAAUCCAACACGGAGAUUUAUUCAAUGACGAAGAAAUAACGCCCUGUGUCGCAAAUGUCCGUAGCUUCACAGGAGCAUUCCUGUUCUCCCUGGAAACCCAGACGACCAUUGGGUAUGGUUACCGCUGUGUUACAGAAGAGUGCUCUGUCGCGAUCCUUAUGGUUAUCCUGCAGUCAGUACUGAGCUGCAUUAUCGACACCUUCAUAAUUGGAGCAGCUUUGGCUAAAAUGGCCACAGCUCGAAAAAGAGCUCAAACCAUUCGUUUCAGCUACUAUGCUGUCGUAGGCUUACGGGAUGACAAAUUUUGCCUGAUGUGGCGCAUUGGUGAUUUCCGGCCAAACCACAUGGUUGAGGGCUCGGUACGAGCUCAGCUGCUGCGCUACAAGGAAGAUAAGGAAGGGAGAAUGACGAUGGAGUACAAGGACUUGAAGCUGUUGAAUGACCAGAUCAUACUUGUUACACCAGUGACAGUAGUACAUGAAAUUGAUAGUGAGAGCCCCUUGUAUGGUCUGGACCGGAAAGCUUUGGCCAAGGACAACUUUGAAAUCUUGGUCACAUUUGUCUACACGGGUGAUUCGACAGGAACUUCCCAUCAGUCCAGAAGCUCAUACGUGCCCAGAGAGAUUCUUUGGGGCUAUAGGUUUAAUGAUGUCUUACAUGUAAAGAAAAAAUACUAUAAAGUGGAUUGCCUACAGUUUGAAGAAACCACAGAAGUUUAUGCUCCUCACUGCAGUGCCAUGCAACUGGAUCGGAAAGAGCAAGAAUGGAACCGAACAGAGAAGACAUUGGAAAAAGAAGCAGAGACGUCAGCACUGGAGAUCAAGUCACUUAGUACAAACCAGAAGUCAUUUAGUGCAGUUGCCCUCAUCACUAGCUGUGAAGAUCCAGAAGACCCAGUGACAACCGUCUGUCAGCCUUCUGGAGAAGUUUCUUAUCAGAAAGCAGCUGUGACCUUAAGUAGACUGUCACUGGAAUCACAAAUCUAGAUUUUCCCUGCAAUUAAAAACACUUCCAACAACUUCUACCAGCACAGCUUUUAGAAUGUAAACAACGAACUCAUAUGCACAACUAUUUACAUUAUAAACCUCGUACUGACAGCAUGCCUACAUUACAACACAGUGCUGGGCUUCACAAUGGUUAGCGUGGGUAUCAGUAACAGAUUAGUACUGGCACAAGAAAGCAGCUUACAUUUGGGUUGACUAGACAGCUACUGUACUUGAGCAAACUUAUUCUAAACUUUAUUACCCUGCAGGGACCAAUGUUGGAGAUACCCAGAGGUAGAAAAUGAUCUAGGCAGAGAACAAGAACAAGGAAGCAUGCUCUCUAGGUCGUGUUUUUCAAUUCUGCCUGAUUUAUUCGGAAGCCCAGUUCCCAAUCCCUCCAGAAAGCUCUGAAAUGCCCCCACCAUCACAGCAAAUGAUUGCUCUGGUGUGCCAGCUGCACCUCUCUAGCAGUUCAAAUGAAGCCCCUGUCUUGAGGUUACACUGGUGAGUCUGCGGGGCUGUUCUUUGUGGGAGGGAGCAAACUGGUGAGAAUAACUGAACCCAGAGCUACUGGGUAGUUUUGGAAACCUGCUGACACCCUGCCCAGGGCUGUGAGUGGGAUCCCGGCGAGCUUUUCUCAUUUCCUUGUCGUGAGCCAUUCCCAGAAAUGCCACUCCCUCAGCAGUUUGAGGUAUGCAGUGCGUCAGCUGGCUUGGUGCUGCGUGGAGAUUUUGUUAUGUGGCUCUGAUGGCUAGGAGGGCUGGCCAAACUGGCUCAUCUACACCAUUCAGAAACCAACAUGGGACCUCAAGUUUGAAACCAAAAUUACCAAAAUCAUAUUAAGCCUUGGAGAAAAGAUCACCCUGUUUUUAGAGUGAGCUUAGCAAUUUUUAUUUUUUUUUUAAAUCAAAAAGUCUUUUCAUUUCAGAAUGUCAGCUUUGCUUUUCUUUUUAGUAUAUUAUGUUUCUUUAAAAAGAAAAGGAUCAAUCUGGAGACCAAACAGCAUAAUUUUGUCAAAAUGAAAUAUUUUUAUUCAUCUGAAAUGACUGUAAAAACGAUCCUUUACAGAGAAAUUCAACAUACUCAGCUGUCAGCUCAAUUUGGAAAAACAGGGAAAAUGUCAAUGUUUUGAAGUUGCCUGCAUCAUGGAAGUUCCAUGCUCUGCACAUCGCUGUCAUUAUCUCAUCACGCUUUUCUUCCCCCCCUUGAUGAUUACGGUUAAUUUGCAUCAUGUUUAAUUAUCAUGCUAACCUAAAAAUAAUUAUCUCCGAAUUUUUUGUUGCCUUAAAUGGAUUUUAUCUCACCUGACCUCAGCCAGCAAGAAGUGUAAAGGCUGGUCAAGGCUCUCUGUAGUUGCAACUUUUUCUCUGUCUUCACAGGGGAGUUCAUCCCAUCCUAAUCUGGGUGUUUAGGGAGCUGAAGGCAAUAGGAUGGUCUUACCCUGGAACUGCUCAUCCCUCUCUGCUUAUUGUUGAAGGAGAUGAGAUGACUGUUUCUGAAAUGCUGGCUAACAUUAAGCUGCUAAAAUUAGGUCUGACGAGUCAUUCACAUCAUGCUGACUAAUUCAAAGUUUUUUAUGAGCUAAUCACAUUUAAUGAAAAGAAAACCAGCAUGCUGAUUGUUUUAUUUUUCUUUUGUGAAACUUACUGCAUAUAGUAGUAGCACUGCAUUAUUUUAAUGUAUCUUGCAUUUCUUUUUUUGCUAGCACUUGUGUUCUGGAUCCUAUGUGAUCCCUUUAGAUAAAACCAAAUAUAUUAACAAGCCUGAGGGGAGGUAGUUAUUCCUAAGCUCAUUAAUUAGCCUAUUUUGUAUGCUGAAUCAUCAUCACCAUCAGUCUAUAACUGCAGUAGAAAACAUCUCAUUGUAUCCUAGAUUUGAGCACUGGCAAGCAUUGGGGAAUAGUCUAAACAAUGGGAAGAAAUUUAGUGGGAAAAUGUGUAAGGCUCUCAGUAUUUAUAUGGUAUUGCAAAAAUACCAUCCAGGUUGUAUAAAAUAGAAUAUAGCCAUUGAGAUGUUGGAAGUCAUCCUUCCACACUCUGUCUUUGAAAGCUCUUGGCUGGCUUACUUGAUUCAAUGUUGGGCACUGCACUUUGGGAAAGACAUGGAAAAACUGAAUCCAAAGAUACUGAAAACAUAUCAGUAAGGAAGUAGGGAAAUAACUGAAGGGCUUUCAGUCCAAAGAAGACAGAAGGGAGUUAGGAAAAAGAGAAAGAGUUUUCAAACAUUGCAAAUCAAGAGAGAGGGAUGAUCUGUUCUCUGUAUCUGGUGGGUAGGACAGGAGGACAUGGGCUUAAACUGAAGCCAAAGAGAUUGAAGUUAGACAUUAGCAGAACUAUCUUAAAGAAGGUGAAGUAGAGGACAGAUCUAUGGGGUGUAUAAUCUUGGUGCUGGUACCUCUCAGGAGUUUGUUAGAAGGCUGUCAGGAGUGAUACAGAAUGGUCAGGUUUGCCUUGAACUUUCAAACCCCGUUUUUGUAUGAUCCUAUGAUUUUCAGAAAAAGGGAAUGUUUCAUAUGAAGUCUGCAUAACUAGGUCACUUUACAAGUACUUACACAUGUGUGAGUAUUUGCUUAAUUACACAGGUAAAGCUACUCAGAGAUCUGAGAUAUUACUGAGAUAUGUAAUCAGAAUUCCCAAAGUAUCUUCAAAAGGUACACAUUUCAGGUGCUGCUCGUAAAGGUAGUUUCCCUUAUUAAGCUGUGAAUUUCAGCUGCCUUUCCCUCUCCCAGUUAUGUACCGUGUAAGCCUCUUGCGGGGAAGAAAAUUCUUUCCUUGGAAUGACUUUCCUGUAAGUGAAAGUACCAGGAGUCUGAUUUAGCAUUUGGUCACAUGCUUCUUGGUAUAGAUAGAUAGAAAUAUACGUGAGUAUGUAUAGUAAUGUAUGCUUUGGCGUAUAAGUCAACCACUAACUGAUGAGGGUCAGGAAGAAACUUUUCUCCUGGGCAUGUUAAUUCAUAACAGGCUACGAUACAGUUUCUUCUACUUUUAUCUGCAGCAUCUGAUACCAGCCCGUGCUGGAGACAGGAUACUAUUUGAACCACUGGUCUCAACCCGUCUGGCUUUUUCUGGGUUUCUCUGUUUGAUAUUUUAAUUUCAUUUAUCAGAGUAUAAAAACUAUGUGUUAUAAUAUAUAGUAAAGCAUGCAUUGCAUUUUUAUGAAUAAAGACACAGAAAUAAAGAACAUGCCUCUACCACACACCUUGUGAGAGCACAUUUUACUUAUCUUCCAUUUAGUCACUGUUUUAAGUUUCCGUAUCUUAUGCACUAAGAGGUCAUGGAAAAAUUUAUAAGGCACAGAGUAGUCUUUUGACUUUAAAAGAUGCCAAAUCAUGAGCAAACUCACAAAGUCAUAAGUACAUUCUGUUGCAGCUUCUUAACAUGAGCUCUGAUGGAGGCAC